CGAAACCACAAUGGCAGAACAACAACAGCAGCAACAACAACAAUAACCCAAAGGCAAGUAAAGCUCUAGCAAACCAAACCUAAAAUUCCCAAAACAUCAAAUUUGACUUGCCAAGUUAUGGACUUGCGCGCGUCUUUGUAUUCGAAAUUUCACGUCCCGGAGUUGAAGGCUGGAACCAGUUAGCCGCCGCUUUCUACGCAGCCUGAACAUCCAAGUACCAUCACCCAACUGAAGGUUCAAAACGAUCCUACACAAUGUCCCUAAAUGGGCAACUUCAACUAUUUAGUUCGAGCACCUUGAGUGUGCCAGUCUCCGGCAAGCAAAUCGCAUGCAACCCGGUAAUCGACCUGACAGCCACGGUCGGCGACGGCAACAUAAUCUAUGUCUGGCGUGGCAGCAAUCAGUUGGUCUCGAAGCAUACAGAGCGAAACCAAAAGGUUGACGCGAUCAAGUGGAAAGAAGAUGGCCAAUUCUUAGCUGCCGGCUGGAGUGACGGCGUGGUGAGGUUGAUCGGCUUGGAAAGCAACAAAGCCGUGCAUCACAUCCGCGUGGCAGGCCAUGAUGGGAAGCCUUCCAGAAUCGAGUUUAUCGCCUGGGCCAGAAACGAAACUGGCAGGCACUCGCGCGCCAAGAAGCACGAUGACCUCCCCGAUUUGCCGUGGCGGGAUCUCAUGCCCGAUGAGAAGAAGCAUGUUCUGGACCUCCCUCAUGAGUUGACUUUCUUGGAGGUCGAGACCGCUCUCCCCAAGAUCAGUCCUCUUCCUUUGUCGGGAGGCACCGGGGACGAUAUGUUUGUUUUCUCUACAGCGGCAUCACUCGAGUUCGUGUUCCGCCCUUACCAGCCCGAGGACUCGGAUAAUGUCCAUGUCAUGAUCGCCGGCACAGCCGACGGAGGCAUCCACCUCAGCAUCUACGAUUCAUUUGCCAUUGGAACCUUUCAGCAUAUUCCACAUACAGCCAGAGGACCUCCCUCAAGCAAGGGUGCUUUCCAGCUUUGCGGUCACAGCUCGCGCCCCAAGGUGUCUACACAUGCACUCCUACUAAGACCCAAGGAGGGCAGUCUGACAUCCCUUUACCUUGUUCCCAUGGACCUCACUUUUGUUCACAAAUCACCAAUCAACCUCUCCUUGUUGGCGUCGAAGACGACAACGCUCCAGAAUCUUCUUCGGUAUCUGAAGCAGGCACAGUCCCACAUGGUUAGUGAGUGGAAGUCGACGAGAGAGCUUCCUGGGCGUUUUCUUCGCGGUGUCCAAGAAGAUCUGGAGAGGAGUCCCAAGGGGCCGAUGACCAUUGUCCAGGCACUGUAUCAUACUGUUGCAAUAGGACAUGUGUUCCCCCAGGUGAAGGAAUGGCUCGUCGACAGUCUGGCCGAGAGAGGACACAAGCGUUGGGAUAAAGCGGUCGUAAGCGGUCUACAAAAUCUCAGAAGCCUCGUCCACGAAAACUUUUUGCCUGCGCUCGAGAGGUGCGGCAUCGUGCUCAGCCGGCUCUUGGGACUCGCUCGCUUCCACGGCUCGCGCGAGAACAUUGGCUUUACCGCCGCGCAAAUCGAGAAGCUUCUGGACAUGGUCGCGGCGCUGACCUUGGUCUCGUACAAGAUUCUGUUGGCGGUCAUGGACGAGCUGGACCACUUCACUUCCUUUUCGUCAUGGCUCCGGAUGGAAAUCGACAAGCUGGCUUCGUCAUCGGCAGCUGCCGAGGAGUUGACCGAGAAAGAGGCGACUAUGGAUAAUGUCAAGGUCUUGACAUACAUCCAACGAUAUCUGAUGGGUAGUCCCUUGGCUGUUUAUCUUGGUGAUGUCACCGCGGAAGAGCGCGAGAAGGACUGGAAAGUCGCCGAGGAGAGCGACGGCACAUCUCUGCUUGAACUGGUUGAUCAGCAGUUGAAGAACCAGGAGCGCGGUAAGCCUUACUUGAAGGCGUUACCCAAAAUCGACCAGUUGGUGAAUCAUCUCACUGGCAAAUCGGCCAUCGUAUUUAAGGAGAUUGCUGAGGCAGAGAAGCGAAGUGUGCGCUUCAACCAGGCUGUGGAGAUAUCUACUGGCGAGAAGAUCUGGAGGCAUGAUAUUCAUCUGUGUUCUCGGCCUCAAGCGGCCGAGUCCGGUGUCACAACAUUUGUUGCUACAGUACCGGAAGGAGACAAGAACAAGAUCUUCAUUGUACGAACCGCUAUUCCAGUCGCCAACGGCAUUAGUGGCACAAGCUCUAGCAGUGCCUGUGGUCUGGUCCUUCCCAACGGGGCUACCGUGGUCGAUAUCAAGUUCCUGGACGACGAGUCUCUGCUCGUGCUAAGCCAACUCAAAGAUGAACAAAGCCCUGCAAUGGUGAGAAUAGGUUAUCAGUCACCCGACCUAACCUAUUCAGCAUACAAAGAAGGAGAGAGGCCUCAGACAACCAAUAUCGGCGGUCCAGAAGUCCCGUACAUUCCCCUUUUCUUCAACGCGGUUGGAUUCGUGCCCAUCCAGAUGGAGGUCCAACGAGCGAGCAAGACCAGGGGUGAGCUUCCUGCUAGGGUAUGUCUGCUAGGACGCGACAGAACGGUUUACAAGACAUAUGCUCUUCCCGACCACUUUGAGAUAUCUCCUGGGACUUCAAGGUCGCCAACGGAGAGGAAGUCAUGGAAGCAACAAGGAGAGGAGGAAGAUGUGGUGAUGGAGAACAGCCAGUAGAUGCCGUGUAAGUGCACGUCUUUUGAGCACAGGGCGGAAGAUCGGAAAAUGCGGUAAUACGGUUGGGGCUUGGUGGGACCCUCAAUCAUGCUGGGGAUUGCAACCAUGAGUCCGUUCGUGAUGUAUGAUUAGGAGGAGGAUUUUACAAAAUGAGGAAUUUCAUUGUUGGACGGGAGACAUGGAUGAGGUAUUGCUCGGUUAACAAAUCGGGUCUGUCAACUGUUAUGAACGAAUUACAAUCGUUGUUGAAGUAAUGCAGUACCAUUCUCAGAAGUCUCAAAGUACAAUUUUUCACUUC